GACCGCUAUUGGGAGAGAACGCUCGCCGUUUCGGCGUUGCCCUAACCGCGUGAACCGAUAACGAAAAUUCUUAAAUAAAAUCGCGUGUGAAUUCAAAUUGCCUGCUUGUGUUUUGUUUUGACAUACCUGUGACGAUACAGCACAACCUCGGCUUGUUAUUGUUAGCGCCGCGUCAAUACCGCACCGUGUAAUGCGAUCUGUUCGAGGGGUUACAUAGAAUUUUCAGCAAAAAACACUCAAUGUGCUGGAAGAAAUCUUUUCAAGGGAUUAAAUUUACAACAAUCAUUUUUAUAAAGAAACAAUGUCUAGGAACAUUGAGCUUGUAAAUCACCACACCGAAAGAAACUGAAGCUGCCAUGACAUCGGAAGAACCAAUCGAUGUUGUCGCAAAGAAUGCCGACGCUAAAAAGGCAGACACGAACUAUCCCGACGACAAUCAAGAAAACAGCAAAGCAGACAAACAACAGGAUCGUUUAAAAUGUUCACACGAAUUAAUGCAGCUCGUGUAUGAAUUGCCCAUUGAAAUAGACGAUACGGAACACGAAAACAACAAUAUGCUUAAGGAAAACCCACCGAUAACUAUUGUCGAGAUUACCGAACAGAAUGGUUGUGAAACGAGUGUAGAUAGUACGAGACAAUGUGAUAGCGAUUAUUUUAAAGAGUCUAGUCCGCACGAUUUAGGCAAUAAGGUCGUAUAUGACGUUUUGACAACUAACGAUUUGAUAAUGCAAUGCGGUGAUGAAUUUAAGGAGGUUAUAGAUAGAACGUCACCGGAUGAUACCACUGAUGAGGAUUUGCUAGAAUUAAAAGCAAUUUUGGAUAGUAAGCCUAAACUUUUGGAGAGAUACAUUCGAGAAUGUGCGUCAGUGGAUGAAGUGAAUAGGUUACAUAGUUUAACGUCAUGUGGUCCGCUAUCUCCGAGGCCGCGGCAUGAAGCAAGGAGUACGUCAGUUACGUCAGACCUGUUUCAAUUAUGGCUAUCUUCUUCACCUGUUAAGAGAUCACGAUCCCCGAGUAGCUCCGCGCAAAGGCAGCUAGAUGAAGCGGAUCUCUUUAUGGAUCUUAUAAAGGAUGUCGCCAAUGAAUUGGAUAUCGACGUUCUGUGCCAUAAGAUACUUGUUAACGUUUGCCUUCUCACGUCAGCUGACCGAGGAAGUUUGUUCCUGGCUAAAGGUACACCGCCAAACAGAUAUCUGCAGGCAAAACUAUUCGACGUCACGAGAGAUACAGACCUUUAUGACGCGCUGCGGAUAGCAAGAACUCAGGAGAUCAGGAUACCCUUCGGAGUUGGUGUCGCUGGUUUAGCUGCACAAACGAAACACCCUAUCAAUAUUAAAAACGCGUACGCUGAUCCAAGGUUCAACAGUGAAAUAGACGCACGUACUGGUUACAAAACCGAAUUAAUACUUUGCAUGCCGAUUUGCAACUGCGAGGGUGAUGUUGUCGGUGUCGCACAGAUUAUCAACAAAACUGACGGAUCAAAAGAAUUUUCUGCUCGAGAUGUCGAAGUAUUCCGACGUUAUUUAACGUUCUGCGGUAUUGGCAUACAAAAUGCCCAACUAUUCGAAUCGUCUGUGUUGGAAUACAAACGAAAUCAAAUACUUCUAGCAUUAGCGAGAAGUAUAUUUGAGGAACAGAGUAACCUCGAAUGUCUUGUCACAAAGAUUAUGACUGAAGCGAGGGAGCUGCUGAAGUGUGAACGUUGUGCUGUUUUUAUACUUGAUACGGACCAUUGUGAAUCGAGUCAUUUAGAACGUAUAGUACAAAGACCGGGUGGUAGACCGAGCGGUGCUCCUGCGUUACCGCCUCCAGCGCCUACGAGGUUUCACACGCUGUUCGAACUAGGAGCUAAACAUUCCAGAACUACUCUAACGCCACGACAUGACAUCAAAUCCACGCUCGCUUGUAUUGCUCUCGCGGUGGCCCGAUCAAAUAAAUCGCUUAACAUUUCUGAUGUAGAUGAAUGGCGUAAAGAAAAUGGCAUGAUCGUAGUCGAUAUUGUAUCGGAUGACGCUGUUAAUGUAAGAACAAUGCUUUGUAUGCCCAUUGUCAACGCUAAUAAGGACGUUAUUGGUGUAGCACAGUUGAUUAACAAGGAAAACGGAUCUCAGUUCACGGAUGGCGAUAUAUCAAUAUUCGAAGCGUUUGCCAUAUUCUGUGGUCUCGGUAUUCACAAUACACAGAUGUAUGAAAACGCUUGUAAAUUAAUGGCAAAACAAAAGGUAGCAUUGGAAUGUUUAUCGUACCACGCAACAGCCUCAGCGGAGGACACCCACAAGCUUUGUCAAGAAGUCAUACCCUCAGCUGAAAUCUAUAAUCUUUACAGUUAUAAAUUCCAUGAUUUCGAUUUAUCUGACGAAGAUACCUGUAGAGCGACUUUGCGCAUGUUCCUACAGUGCAAUCUGGUUGAGAAGUUCCAUAUUCCUUAUGAUGUUUUAUGCCGAUGGAUACUGAGCGUUAAAAAGAAUUAUCGUCCGGUAAAAUAUCACAACUGGCGACACGCUCUCAACGUAGCGCAGACAAUGUUCGCGAUGCUCAAGACCGGUAAAAUGGAACGCUUCAUGUCCGACCUUGAAAUCCUUGGCCUAUUAGUCGCUUGUCUAUGCCAUGAUCUAGACCAUAGAGGAACUAAUAACGCAUUCCAAACCAAGACGGAGAGCCCUCUAGCGAUUUUAUAUUCAACAUCAACGAUGGAACACCAUCACUUCGAUCAAUGUGUUAUGAUUUUGAACAGUGAAAGCAAUAAUAUUUUUCAAGCAUUAUCACCUUGUGAUUAUAAAGACGUAAUGAGGGUUGUGGAGACAGCAAUUCUAUCAACGGACCUAGCAAUGUACUUCAAAAAGAAAUCAAAGUUCCUAGAAUUAGUUGAAAACGGUGAAUUCGACUGGCAAAGUCAAGAAAAGAAAGAGUUAUUAUGUGGUAUGAUGAUGACGGCCUGUGAUGUAUCAGCAAUAGCCAAACCUUGGGAGGUACAACACAAAGUCGCUAAAUUAGUAGCCGACGAGUUCUUCGAUCAGGGUGACUUGGAGAAGUUGCAGCUCAAUCAGCAACCCAUUGCAAUGAUGGACAGAGAGAAGAAAGACGAAUUACCUCAGAUGCAAGUGGGUUUCAUCGACAUGAUCUGCCUACCUUUAUACAAAGUUCUCUCUGAUACAUUCCCGUGGAUACAGCCAUUGUAUACGGGCACUAUGGAGAAUAGACAACGCUGGCAGGACCUGGCUGAGAAGGUGGAAAUGGGACUGACGUGGAUUGACCACGAUACGAUCGACAAACCAAUUGAAGAGUUUACAGCAUCAAACGAAGCAAUCAAAGAUGUAGAGCUGACAGUGACAACCCUUAACUGUGCACGACCGGUGUCGGAUUCUACCAGCAUGGCGCUCGUGAAGCCGAUAAAGACCUCCUUCCACUCCCUGAGGAGAGGGAAGCCUAGCAAUUUCUCAACUCGACCAGCUCGGAGUAAACUAACUAGUUUCCUUCAGAUCCCUCUACGCGGCGCCAAGCUCACGAGAAGAGAGAGAGCGGAUAGUGAGACCGACGGAAGAGAACCACGUGACGGAGGUAGUCUCGCAGACCAGCAAGGCGUCUAAGCACAAGGGACGGUUAUGCCAUAUGUUGUGACGGUUAAGUUUCAAUUGGAGCAGCCAAAGCAGUACGGAGAAAAAGGACAAAGUGAAACCGUCCAAAUCAAUCGACUAACCCAAAACGAGACACAUUGAAUGAAUUUGUUCGUAAAUAGUGAUGUUUAUUCCGGUUUUAUUAGACACUAUUAGAAUAAACCUACAUCUGUAGUGAAACGUAGAAACUAAUGUCUGAUUGAGGGAAAUUAUUUAUUUUACGGGAACUCUCGAGGUUUUUAAAUGGCAUGUUCUGUCGCCUAUCAAACGAAAUGUAGUUGUAUAUUUAAAUGAAUAUAAUAAAACAAUCGAGCUUUGUGUAAAAUGGAUUUCGAAGAGUCCUAGAACAGUGUAUAAUAAGUAGGGACUUUAUACGACGUUUUCGGUUGUGCGAAAUUAGAACGCUUGCAUGGUCAAAAAUACAAGCAAUAUGUAGGUAAAAUACACUCUGAUAAAGAGGUUUGAAGUAGUUUCUGACGCAAAAAGGUUUCAUUUCUGUAAAUGAAUUGAGGUUUUUUUUUUUAUUUGUCAUUAUUACAAUAAAUAUCUUAUGCAAUAAAAUAUUUAAAUGAUUUUGCUCAGUCAGACAUUUUUAGAAGAAAUUGAUAAUUUCUAUCAGUUUCUUAAAGUAAUUCGUCGUUUUGACGUUAAUAAUGUUUCAUGUAAAACAACUCUUAGAUAAAUGUUUAUGUAUUUAAUAGACUGUGAUCUAGUGUUACUUCACCGAUAAUUCUAUUUUACUCUGUAUAUAUAUGUGGCCGUUAAGAGAUUUUUUAUUAAAACAGCUAAAAAUUACGAGUGACGAAGUUUUGAAUUCAGAAUAAGUUCAGAAUUGACAUAUUAUACUGAAGAAAAUAUUAUGAAUAUUUAAGAAAAAUAAAUAAAGUAACGAUAGAACUUCCUUAAAAGUGUAUUAAACGGCAGCACUAUAAAAUAUUCAUAAUAUUUCAAAUUUAUGCAGAUCUUUAUCAUUUUAAAAAUAUAUUUAUUUAUAUUUUUUAUCAUUGAUAAAUUAUCUAUUAUUAUAACAUGAUAUAUUAUCAUGUUAUAUUCGUCUCUUUCGUGGCCUUUGAAGCUAUAUUUCGGUGUGUUACCAGCAUUGUUAAAUAAAAUAGAAUAAACUGUAUUUUAAGUUUAUGAUUUUUUUUUAAUAUAAAAUUUAAAAAAAAAAGCUAAGUUGUCAAUUGAUUUGUAUUUAUUAGGCAGAAAGUAUUAUGAUGCUAGUCGAGUUAUUUAACUUAAGCUGUUAUUUAUAUCUGUACGGUAAUUUUUACGUCCACUUCGCUUAUGAAGAUAUUGUGCAAUAAUAAUACUAAAGAGACAAUUAUAUUUAGAAUUUUAUUUAUUUCAUUGACAAGUUUUUUAAUUCAGAGAUUUAUGCAUAUUUUUAGUAAAAUUAUUUUUUUGAAAAAUUAUUUAUUACUUAGGUUAAAACUAAUACGAAACUAUUUCUAUAAAUUAUUUUCGUUAUUUAUAAUAUGAAUAUUUAAUUUAUUAUUUAUAACAAUUUUCUAUACAAUUGAUGUUGCGUUUAAUCGCACUAAAUAAUCUUUCUGCGAGUAUCUAGAUAUAUGUGACAAGUUAUAAACUGUUUUUAAUAAUGUAAUUGGGAUUAAGAAGAAAAUUGAAACUUUUAUACGACUUACAUAUUAUAUUAAUACAAUAUAUCCAAUUUAACCAAUAUAGUGACUUGUUUUUAUCUCUUUCUGGCAUAGGAGUGUAGAAUUAGAUAGACAGAGAUCUUAAAAGAUUUUUACAAUAUGUAUCAAAAUAUUUACUUGUGUGUAUAAAAUUAUUAGCGACUUUAGAAUUGAAAUGUUGUGAAAUAGACUUUACUAUUUAGAAAUAUUGAUGUUUGUAAAAUAUAUGUGGAUCUUAAAUCAGAUUCUUAAUCUGUAAUCUUUUAAAUACAUUUAUGAAACUGUUUCAUGGAUGUCACAU